UGUUUAGGUAAUUGUACAUAUUUGUUUUGGUUACUUAGUCACAAUGAGUCAAGUUUAUAGUAUAUUGUUCGUAUUAUAUUCACUUCGAUUAAUUUAUGCAUAUCCGGGUGACAAUGUAAUGUUGGUGCCUCCGUUCGAGAUGCGGGCUGUGGAUCCAUACUUGACCAAUUCGCAACCACAAUACCAGCCUCAUUUCCAAGCAAAUGUACAGCAGCAUGGAUUCAACAAUAUCAUCAAUCACAAGCGGACCUCACAAAUUCCUGUGGCGGAGACACGAAGUAACCAGAAUUUGACGUUUGGAGAAUUCAUGGGAGCUCUAAAUGAAGAAUCACGUCAAUCGCAGCUUUCGAUGCAAGAGUUAAAGGGCCUUCGACCUACUGCACCAGCUGGACGAGAGGAUAGUCCGGCCUAUCCUACGCUACCCCGACCGGUGGGAUACAGGCCAGAGUUCGCACCUCCACCAAACUACCACGAGGGUGCGCCACUUGUUCCGCACAUUCCGCCGUCAUCAGCUCAACCGAAGACGUCCCUGUUAAACUUAUCCGGCUUAUCACCAGCCAGUUCAAAUGGGUCCGGAAAUCUUAGUGGUUUGCUCAACUUAGUAUUUUCACUUUUCGGUGGCUCUUCUGGAUGGAACAUGAGUGGACUGCAGGGCGGGAUUGUGGAAGGAAUUAUUAAACCACUUAUGAAGGCCAAAGGAGGUAUUAAGGCGUUGAUUAGUAAGAUGUCUAUCCCAAUGAUAUCCUUGUUGUUGAUCAAUCUGGAAGUGCUGGUAACUAUCUGGUGGUUGUGGGAGGAAUGUCCUUCACCAUUGCCGGAGCCCACUCCAAAUUAUUCAAAGGCGAGCUCUCAUUCCUAUAACUAUAACUCAUACAGAUAAGUGCUGUUUAUGACGGAAUUUAUCCCAGUUAUGUACAUUUUAUAGGUUUUCAAUAAGAUUAUGGCAGUGUUAGUGUUAUUGUAGUAAUAUAGUAGGUACCUAUGUUGUAAGACUGAGUGUAAAAAUGAAAAUAUAAAAGUGUACAUUUGUUAA